ACGAAAUUAACAGGUAAAGCAUUAGAAAAUUUUCGUGCUAAUGCUAAUUACCGUCAAAGAAAAUGUCGUUUAAAUAAACGUAAACGUUUAAUUAAUAAUAAACCACCAUCUUCAUUUCAAAAUUGUCAGUCUUUUGCUGUUAUUCAACAUCUAGCUCAAAAAUAUGAUCUUAUUCCAAAACCUGUUCAACAACGUACAUGUGCUCAUAUAUCUGAUAAGAUUAAAAAUGCUGUUCAUAAGUUUUAUUUAAGAGACGAUGUUUCUUAUCAACUACCUGAAGAGAAUAAAGGAAUAAUUAUUUCUUGUUCAUCGUUUGCCGAUUUAAGACCUCCAUUUGUAGUUGCAAAAGCAGCGUUAGCUCAUAGAAUAUGUGUGUGUAUCUAUCAUGAAAAUGUUAAUCUAUUACUGAAAGCAAUUGAUAAAUUUGUUAAAGGAAAUGUUUGUUCAUCUUUACAACAAUUUACAAGGACUUUAGUUUGUAAUACUGUCAAUCAAGAAUGUAUGUUUCUUGCAUGUCCAUUAUGUGAAAGUAAUUUUCAAGAGAAAGUUAUUGAUAAUGUUGUAAACGGAGCAACUAGAAUUAAAUGGCGGCAAUGGGUUAAUAUAAACGGACGUGCAGAAAAAAAGGAAUUUGAAGGAUCAGUUGAUGAAACUGUUGAAUUGUUGAAAUCCAAAGUUAAAUAUUUUCUAUUUCAUGUCUAUGUUAAGUCAGUGCAGGCUGCGUAG